CACGUUUGAAUUUCUCCGCCAUUGGAUCGUAGCGCUACGACUGUUACAAAAUACAAGGUGUAAUCGUAGCGAGAGAAAAUAAACGUUUAUUGUUGAAUCCACACGUGAAGCAGUUAUUUUUGUCUGUCAUUCACCAUUGUUAUGAAAUUUUUGGUGAUAUGAAUGAAAUAUUUUUUCGUUGAAAAUGUCUCUAAAAGUGAUUUUAUUUUUAGUAAUGUGCUUGUAGCAUUAUGAGAAAAAAAUUAAUUUUUUAAAAUUCAUAUUUUUAAUAGCAUCGAGAACAAAACAAAAUGGUACCUGCACGUUUGUUGAUAUUUUUCUUUGUGUCAAUAAUUUAUCAAGGUGGUUAUGCUUCAGUAUUUGAGUGGAUUUGGAGCAAGGAUACAGAUGAGACUACUGUUUUAGUAGCAGAUGGUGUCCCAUUAAUCUCAAUUCCUUAUGAAUCUAUGACAGAGGAUGAAAAGUUCCUUCAGGAAGCUGCAAAAUUUACAGAAAUACAGGUGUCAUCGCCUUUGGAAACAUGCCAGCACAAAGUUAUUAUGAAGGUUAAAACUUCUUGCUCUGGGAUGAGCGAGGAACAACUUGCUAAACUUAGCGUUAAUCUUUUGAAUUGUCAGUCUGCAGUAGAAGGCAGAAAAGUAUUCCCAUGCACUGACGAAAUGUCACUGAAACAAUGUACCACAGACAUGGAUGCAGAUAUGUGGAAUGCAUAUCAUUUAAUGAGUAAUAGAGCUAGAGCAGUUUGUUAUGCAGCCCGUAGUACUCAGUUUCGUGCUCUUACAGAAUUGACUGUAAACAAAUUAAUGCAAUCUGCACAUACACAAAUUAAAACACUAAGUUCAUUAAAAGAAGGUCAAGACCGUUUAGAAGAACAGACUGUACAAGCCUUAUUAGCUUUAUCAGAAGGUAAUAAAGCAUUGCUGGAACAGCAAAAACGAUUAAAAGAAGCACAAACAUCUGCUUCUAAUCUCGUGACGACAAAUUUGAGGGAAUUGAAGAAUGAAAAGGCCUUGAUUAAAUCUGGACAUGCACAACUUGCAAUAAUUGCAGACGAUAUUAGGAAAAAAUUAGAAGAGGCAAAUAAACGUUUAGAGCAACAAACUAUUGAAAUGGAGGAAAACCAUGAUGAAAUAUUAGAAGAUUUGUAUAAUGUUCAAGAGCAAGCACAAGUGAUGUGGGAUAAGAUAGAAGCCAGCACACGUAAUAUUUUCGACUACCAUGAAACAACACUUAUUCGAUUUGAACAAGCUAUAGAAAAAUUAAAUCAGGUUAACAAUACUGUUCACUAUAUUUGGAAUCUAACAAACAGCAUGCGUGCAGAAGUGGAUGAGAAAUUGAAUUGGUUGACCAGUUACAUUGGUGACACUGGAGAAAAAAUGUAUCAAAUGUAUCGUGUAGGCUUGCACAUUGUUUACUUAUUAUUUGCUAUGGUGAUUGCUGCGUUCCUUCAUGCGCCAUUAUUGACCAGAAUUACUAUUAUGGGACUUGUACCAUUAAACUUAGUGUCUUUCUUGAAACAUGGCAUGGAUGCUUGUUUGGAUUUUGUAUCAAUAAGCGUAUUAAUAUUCUUAAUCACGAUGAUGCAUUUCUUAAUGAUUGGAAUUCAACGUUUAUGCGGUGCAAAAAGGACAGAAACGCGAUCAGACCCCAUUCAAGUCAUAAACCAAAUUGGAUCUGCUCAAUUACCACGUGUCUCUUCAGUAUCUUUCUAUACAAAUCUGAAGACAAAUAUCAGGAAAAUCUAUGUUUUUGCCCGUUACCAAAUAAAUCAAUUUAUUCAGAAAUUUAACACGCUGAUACAAGCAGCAGCUUCAUGGAACAGGCGAAGUUCGACACCACACGAGGAAUUGUCUUGUUCGUAUACCUCUUCGAGGAAAAAUCAGGAAGAUCUUGUUCGUAAUUAUGAACUACAACGUGAACAAGAGUUUCCAACUAUGUCUGAAGAUCUCAGCGAUUUCGAACAUUCGAACUUGAUGAACAGGUCUAUUGAUGAUUUUGACUAUUUAUUCGAUGCCAAUGAUCUGAGGCGAAGAUUAAAGAGAAGAGAUGGUUCUGUCGGCAGAUCUAAUUCUUAUCAACGUUCACCCUCCAGGAGUGUUACUCCAACAUCAAGAAUGCUAUGUAAUGCUAUAACAAAAAGUGGCAAAAGAUGUCGAUUAUUUACAAUGAAUGGACAAAGACAUUGUAAUAGACAUAUCAAUGGAAGCACAAUAGGUGACUAAAAAAUUUUUUAGCACAAUAAUAAAUUAGUUAAUUGAGUUAAAUGGAAUUAGACUGAAAUUGUAUUACAUUAAUUGAAUUGAAUUUUUCAAAAUAAUAUUCUUAAUGAAUUGCAUGGUUUGAUGUAAUUGUUUUAUCAAUUGUACAAUUUAUUGAACAUUAUAAAUGUCCAUAAUUUUAACGUCAAUACGAUGCCUUUCAAGAGUAUGACUCAUAAAAAAAAAAACUGCGUGAUAAAAUGGUUUGUAUAUUUCAUAUUUUGAAUGGGACUUAAAAAAGAAUUAUAAUUGUAUAUAAAAAACAGCUAUUGCUAAUGUAUUUUAUAUGUCCUGUAUUUCUAAGAAACAUAAAUUAAAUGAUUGUAAUUUAAAUUAUUUUAUACAAACUCUCGUGUUGUAAAAGUGAUAUUAAUAAAACAAUUGAAA